GAAGAGGAAAGAGCAGAGAAAAUGAGAGAUAAAAUAGAAAGAGAUAAUUUGUAAUUUCACGYCAGGGUGACGUAAGCAAAUUAUUAGAAAACAUAAAAUUUGAAAGUUGUGAUACAUUUUAUAGUUGGCGUUCAAAAGGCUCUUCAAUCCAAUUUUCCAACUUAAAUGGCUAAUACUAAACUUUAGUUUUAUUAUUAAUAAUAUUAUUUUGUUUAGAUAAAACCACAACUAAAAUAAAGUAAAAUAACAUGAGAAGUCGGUUUGUGUAAGAAUGACGUGGCAUUCCUGUUAGAGUGUGAGGAGCCUACCUGGUCGUACAACUCAGCAGUAGUGGGCCCAGCGGAAGGAUCAGUUGAGGCAGGCGCGAAACGCAGCUAUUGUUCUGUUCGUAACUAAUCUAAUGGCAACUGAAACCCGCGAGAUGGGCGCAUCGCCUUCCAUCUUUGCCAUUCUUCCCCUCCCCCAAACCCUAAUUUCUGGGUUGGCGUUAUUUCUUUUCCCCGUUUUUUUUUUUUUUUGUUGUUGUUGUUGUUUUUGUUUCCUUUUCGUCUUCUCCCUGCAACGAAUGAUAACAAAUCGCCUGCAUUUUCAUUCCUGGCGGGAUUUUAUUUUGCGGUAUCUACGGAUCAAACAAUUUCACUGCUAGAUUUCUAUGGAUUUCAUGGAUUUUUCCUUGCGUUGAGCUAGACUGGAGCCGCGCACCACCGCCGGUGCCGCUUCCGGCGAGAUUUGGAGGUAACGGUUAGGCAUCAGAGUUAAUUGGAAAGCAAGGGGACGUUUCAUGCGUUUCYGAUCCAAGACCAAAAGCCGCAUGGAUCUUGGAAAAAGUCCUGUUGCUCCUGAUAGAAGCCGAAGCAACUCACAUUUAGAAACGGAUUCAGGUUCUAUUGGUGGAAGUGGGUGAAGAAAGCUUAAAGUAGCGAAACUAGAAACUAUUGAAGGCGAGAAAAGUGGGCAUUUGAAAGAACAUAUGGCAGCGACGGGUAGAAGUGAAAGAAGUGAACAUUCAAUAGAACAGCCAGAAAUAAUAGACAGAAGUGAUAGUAAAAAUUCUGAAGGUACUGUUAAAGAGUUUCCACUUUCCCCAACCAAACAACUGGGGUAUGGGUCUUCAUCGUCUUUAAAUUUGUUGGAAUUAUCAGAUUUCGUUCAAGUUGACGCGCAUAUCAAUCAAUCUGAAGCAGGCACGAUUUGUUUGGGUAAUCCCGAUCAUGUUAUUUACCAGCUUCAGUUUAAAGAUGAUGAGAGCGAUGCUUCCAGCAUCAGUUCUGCCAAAUCAGAGAAGGGUAGCGGUUUUCAAGGUACAUUUGCAUCCCAAGUUUCUGACAUUACCCCCGAGUCCGUUAGAAAUGUUUUGUCCCCAACUCAAUCCCCUCCUCUUCAGACGAUGGAUCGUGCGGGAGAAUAUGAUCCAUUUAGAAUUCCGUCUGCAGUUUUCCAAAGAAGUAGAUCAAUCACUCCAUUGGAAUGGAGUAUUGCCUCAAAUGAAUCGUUGUUUAGCAUUAAUGUCGGAAACAAUAGUCUCUCCAGAGAUCAUGUGUUUAGGUUGAGUGAUUUGGGUAAGCCUGACGAGUUGACAAAAUCGGGCGAGUUGUUUGUGUUUAACCCACCACCUACAGUUAUCACAUCAAGAGAAACUGAAAAGAAGAGUGCUGAAUUUGAAAAGGAUACUAAAAUGGAAGAUACCGCAGAAUAUACCGUUAAUGAUAAAGAGGGUGUGAUUACAAGAAGUCCAAGUGAGAGAAAGGGGACGCCUCCUGCAAUAUCAUGGAAUUCCUCUAACGUAUCUCGGCACUCAGAUAGAAGUCAAAGCAGCUCGAAUUCCUUUGCUUUCCCGAUUUUGGCCGAUGAGGAGGCGCAGGCUGGAUCUGUGCCUGGGGAUGCUAAAAAGAAGCACCAGGAUACUUCAGGUGCUGCAGUCCCUUCAAAAUCAUCAGGGAAAUCUUGGUUCCCCUGCUGCUAUUCUCUUUCCUGUUGCACAUGGAGUUGUUGUUCAUGUUCUUCUUGUUGCAAAUGGAAUUGUUGUUCAUGUUCCUCUUGUUGCAAAUUGAGUUUCUGUUCAUGUUCCUCUUGUUGCAAAUUGAGUUUCUGUUCAUAUUCUUCUUGUUGCGCAUGGAGUUUGCCUUCAUGUUCUUCUUGUUGCACAUGGAGCUGUCAUUUUCAUCAUUGUUGCCAUUUUAGUCGUUGUCGUCAUUUUUUCCCUUCUUGUCAAUAUCGUCCUCGUUAUUGUUGCUGAAAAGACAUUGUCGCUGAAGAGAUUGUCACACAAUCUUUUUUCAAUUUUUUACACUAGCCCUUUUAGGCGUUUAGAAACAGGGUGAGUAAAAAAUAUACCAUAUUGCCCCCCUUGCAAACUGAAUCCCCGGUUCAGGAGUGCAGACAAAAUCGUUCUUUGCAGUUUCAGUUAUUUAACCACCAUUUGGUAGCCAAGACAUUACGCCACACCAUAGACAGUUCUGGUUCAGCUCUGUUCUCCAACCCGCUGACAGUUGUUGUAUUUGACCUAGUUUCUUUAAUGUGUCGAGUCAGAACAGUGGUGAAACAGUAAGUCUGAUACUGUAGUAGAAUUUGCUUUUUUAGUUCACCUUUUAC